AUGGAUGAGAAUAACAGUUCAAGGCCACUACUGGGGAACCAGAACCAUGAUGGAAACUCUUUUAAUUCCCUUAGAACAACUUUCUUGUCCAAGCUUCCUGAUAAGGUCCGUUGUGGCCUAGACUUUGAGUCUCCCUUUGAGUUUGAUCAUAAUUUCUCCAAUACUACCCACUUAACCCAAGGAGAGAAAGAAUAUUAUGAAAGGCAAUUUGCUACUCUGAAGUCAUUUGAAGAAGUUGACUCCAUAGUAACAUUGGACUGCACUGAUGCAGAAGACAUUGAAAAACAAGCCCAACAUGAACGAGCAAUGAAGAUUUCUAAUUACGCAAAUGCAGCUUUGUUGGCAUUGAAGAUUUAUGUGACUAUAAGGAGUGGAUCAAUAGCUGUUGCAGCAUCAACAUUGGAUUCUCUGCUUGACUUCAUGGCUGGUGGCAUACUUUGGUUCACCCACCUUGCAAUGAAGGAUGUAAACAUGUAUAAAUACCCAAUUGGGAAGUUGAGGGUGCAGCCAGUGGGAAUAAUUAUCUUUGCUGCAGUCAUGGCGACACUUGGCUUUCAGGUACUAAUCACGGCUAUACAACAACUGAUAGAAAACAGUCCUCCUGAGAAGAUGUCUUAUGAUAAACUGGUAUGGUUGUACUCCGUUAUGAUAUUUGCAACACUGGUGAAGCUUGCACUCUGGCUUUAUUGUAGAAGCUCAGGAAACAAAAUUGUCCGUGCCUAUGCAGAUGAUCACCACUUUGAUGUUGUAACAAAUGUGAUUGGAUUAGUUGCAGCUGUUCUUGGUGAUAAAUUUUACUGGUGGAUUGACCCGGUUGGUGCUAUUCUACUUUCAAUUUACACUAUCACAAAUUGGUCUGGCACUGUGAUGGAAAAUGCAGUUUCACUAGUGGGACAAUCUGCAUCUCCUGAAGUUCUGCAGAAGCUGACAUAUCUUGUCCUAAUGCACUCUCAUCAAAUUAAGCGCAUUGACACUGUCCGCGCCUACACAUUUGGCGUUCUAUAUUUUGCAGAGGUUGACAUAGAACUGCCGGAGGAUUUACCCUUAAAAGAAGCACAUGCCAUUGGAGAGAGCCUUCAGAUAAAGCUAGAGAAACUUCCAGAAGUUGAGAGAGCGUUUGUUCAUCUAGACUUCGAAUGUGAUCACAAACCAGAACACUCAGUUCUUAGCAAACUUCCAGACACUCAGCCUUAAGUGCAUUUGAAGACCAUGUAGAAUAAGUGUAAACUUCUCUAAGUUUAACCUUCAUUUG